CCAACAUGGAGACAAGUCCUUCAGAUGUCAGCUCUCAGCCAGAUCAACUGCCUUGUCCAGGUUCCUCAUCUGGUUCAGCCUCUCCCAGUGGUGAGGUCGCAGCAUCUUCUGUUUCACAUCCAUCCAGCCUGGGUGCUCUUGAAGGAGCAGGCAGUGCUGCAGAAGCUCUCCAGCYCUCCCUGGGUGCUGGCACUGGGGUCCUUCCUGCUGCAGGAGAAGGGACAAGUGAAGUGGCUGGUGAUGGAGAGUUCACAGGGCAGUCCCAGGCUUCCACUGGAAUGGGACCAGCUGGUUCAGGAACCCCUGGCAGAGAAACAGGAGAUGUGUUGCAGUCUGAAUCUUCUUCCUCAUCUACAGUGGGSUCUUCAUUACCUGGGAGCGUGGGCGAGGCUGCAGAUGAAACGAACCUUCCUGGAGUUGCUGGAGCUGUCAGUGGCUUGAACACAGGCUUGGAGGCUGCUGGCCCCCAGGAAGCCUCUGGGUCCUCCUCUGGCACCCAAAGCRGUGCCAAUCCUGAACUCUCUGACGGAAAACAGAGCGAAGUCGAUGUGGUGGAGGUGCCUGGAGGAGCCUCAGUGAAUGGGGGACCUGCCCCUGGUGCCAGCCUGGUCCCAGUGGCUCCAGACAGCAGCRGUGUUUCCGAUGGUGUGACCACCUCCGUGUCUGAGUCUCUGCUCCUCCCUGGACGUGGGCUGGACUCAGGGCUGGCACCCAAUGGGGACCCCAACUCCGCCACCGGCACCCAGAGUGGGAGCAGCCCCCUGCUGCCAGGGUCACCGGGUGGGCUGGCAGGAGAAGCUGGAGGUGCUCAGUCGUGGUCUCUUGAAGAUGAAGCAGCCUCAGGGAUGCCGGCACCUUUUGGAGAAGCRUCCCCUCACGCUCCUGUGUCCCCCAACGCUGCCCCGGCACUGCCUUCUGCUCCACAGGGAGGAAUUGCUGCCAGCCCUGGGCUUCCAGCACUUCCAGCUGUGCCCCUCUAUGGGUAUGGAACAAAGGAAAAUGAUCAGGAGUACGUGGAAAGGAGAGUGGAUUUUAAUUCUCCAMUUUUCAAGCCCGAGACUGGAUUCCCAUUUGGGAAAACCCUGCGCACCUCUCUCUACUUUACAGACAAUGGACAGAUCAUUUUCCCAGCCUCGGACAACAGCAUCCUCACGUACCCCAACCCUCCUGCCAACGGCUUCAACGGCCACGAGGAGGUUCCCAUGAUCGCCGUGUUUUGGGACAAYGCUGACUUCUCCAGAGGUGUUGGCACCACCUAUUACCAGGARUUCUCCACACUCAACAGAGCCAAGCCUCUGUUUGUCCGUGACGUGGAAGAGAAGGUCCGGCGGUACCUGAGRUCCUCCUACUCUGCAGCCUGGACCYUGAAGAUCACCUGGGAGAAGGCACCUGUCCACACAGCAUGGACUGACACCCGAAAGACAAUCACGUACCAGGCUGUCCUGACCACUGAUGGCUUCAGGUCCUACAUCCUGAUGCUGUACCAGGACGGAGGCAUGCAGUGGGAUUACACCAGGCUCACUUCCACCAAUGUGCUCAUCGGUUACACCAGUGGGGACGGCUUUUACCGCAACGAUGACCUGACUAAGAGGCCUCCAGCUGCUAAAUAUCGUCCUGACCAGUUCAGGGGCUACAACACAGACCUCCGUGGGCUGUGGAUUUACAAGCUGGAGAGCCGCGUGGGCAACAACUACCGGCUGAAGUGCCUGGCAUGGACGGGGCAGCAGCAGGAGCCCAGGGCAUGGAGCCAGGGCCUGCCCACCUGCCCCUGCUCCCUGCAGCAAGGGAAGCAGGACCCACGCUUCAAGAGCAGCCGUGGAGGCCGGUGGGGUGCCCGUAUCUCCAUGCUGCACUCGGCCUCUCCCAACCAGCACGGCGCYGGUGUCCGCUGCCUGUACGACAGCCAGGACCAGCUCAUCGAGGGGCGGCAGGAGAGGUACUGGAGGUCCUCCAGGCAGGCGUCACCCUACCGUGACCAGGAGCUGAAGCUGUACGACUGGUGCUGUAACCGGGCGGGCAGUGCCCACCUCUGCGCCCGCUACAGCGAGAAGAGGCCCAAGAUUGGCUGUGAUGGAUACCAGUCACCCAGCACCGAUUCCUCGGAGGAGGCAGGGAAUGACUCRGAUGAGCAGAUAGAUGGAGAGGACAAGUAACUGGGAGUUCUCACACCCACAGCACGUUCUGGGCCAUGGCUGAUCCUCCAAAUCCUUUGAUCUGCUCUUCCCUCAUGUCCCCCUCCCCAGAACCCAUCACCCCUGCCCACCACACAGGACAGCUCACUUGGCCCAAGCCUGCAGCUGCCUGCCCUGGCACAAGCCCACAUUUCUAACCCAGGCUUGUCCCAAGGAUUCAGUUGCUUUAGCCACUCUUUUCCAGCUGCAGCUGAGGGCAAGAACUGGUGGGGAGGUGGGCAGGUACCCCGCUACGGCACACAUCACCCUUGUCCUUCCUGCAUCCCAUUGUGCUCCUGUGCUGCARCGUGAGGCUGGACCCCUGGCACCCAAGGAAAGGGUUUGCACACCUCUCAUGGGUUGAGUGUGGACAAGCCCUUAAAUKCCAGGGUGAACCAGGCUUGUCCUGUGAGCCACUCCUGUCUUGUCCCCCACUUCUGUUUCCCAGCCGUCCCUCCUUGAAUGGUCCCUGAGCUCCCUGUGCUCCGGAGAAGGGACAAUUCUCCAGAUCAAGCCAGAAUCAGAUUUAUAAYGUCUGCUGGGUGUGUGAGGGCAAAAUGCAACCCUAUGAUCAGAAAUGUUGGGAGAAAAAUAAUUUUUUGUGUGUAAGAGAGCAUAUUCCUUUCUUAAAAAAAAUAAAUCAUUGUCAAAUCUUGUUUGUUCAAUAAGA